UAGUUCUCUUCUUUUUCGAGGGGGUGGUCUCUGUUCCUUGUAUUUCUUUUCCCCUCUAUCUCUCUCUCUCUCUCUCUCUCUGUUCUAGAGAGAGAAACAAAAAGUCUCACAGGAUUCAUCACUGUCAAAAACUAGGCCCACCCAAAAACACUAUUUGAAGAGAGAGAGAGAGAGAGUAACAGAGGAUUCAAAUCAAAACCACUUAAAAAGAUUCCAAUUUGGUUUUGUUUCCUUGGUCAUAAUUUGGCCUCUUUCUCUUUCUCCCUCCCUCUCUCUCUCUCUCUCUCUCUCUCUUUCUCUACAAAUUUUUCUUUGAAACCAUGAAACCACAGGUACCUUUUCAUCAUCAUCAUCAUCUUCUUCUUCUUCUUUGGUUCCUCUCUUUCUCUCUCCUACUUGCUCUCGCCAAUGGGAGAACCCACCCAAUCUCCUCACCAUUGCAUCCCCCUCUCCCUUCUCCGCAAUCCCAACGCUUGCACCCCUCUGUUCAAAACCAACCUUUUUCUGUGUCUCCUCCAUCAAUGGCACCAUCUCCUCAAGUGAUGCAGAUCAUAGUUAUAAGACAUCACCCUCUCCACAAAGAACUCAUCAUCGCGAUCGCCGUAGCAUCCGUCGCAAUUCUCAUCAUCGUCGUAUCGACACUUUGCGCCUGGAUCCUCUGGCGAAGAGCUCGCCAAACUUACGAUUCCAAAGACAUCCAAAGCUCAGAUGGUAGAGGGAUUACAUUAGUUCCGGUAUUGAGCAAAUUCAGUUCAUUAAAAUUGAGUAAAAAAGGGUUGCUUGCGAUGAUCGACUAUUCGUACUUAGAAUUGGCUACAAACAAAUUUAGCGUGAGUAAUGUAUUGGGCGAAGGAGGAUUCGGUUGCGUGUAUAAAGCUUCUCUUGAUGGGGGAGCUCUCGCGGCUGUAAAGAAAUUAGAAGGCGGUGGACAGGAUUGCGAAAGAGAAUUUGAGAAUGAGCUCGAUUUGCUCGGAAGAAUUCGGCACCCGAAUGUGAUUUCGCUUUUGGGUUAUUGUGUACAUGGAGAAACGCGGCUGCUUGUUUAUGAAUUGAUGCAAACUGGAUCUCUCGAAACACAAUUACAUGGACCAUCUCGCGGAGCAGCGCUAAAUUGGCACAUUCGAAUGAAAAUUGCGCUCGAUACGGCAAGAGGAUUAGAAUAUCUUCACGAGCAUUGCAUCCCGCCAGUGAUUCACAGAGAUCUAAAAUCAUCGAAUAUACUUUUGGACUCGAGCUUCAAUGCCAAGAUUUCCGAUUUUGGGCUAGCAGUGGCCGGCGGGAAUCAGAACAAAGGCACUAUAAAGCUCUCGGGAACUCUCGGUUAUGUAGCUCCCGAGUACCUUUUAGAUGGUAAAUUAACCGAGAAGAGCGAUGUCUAUGCGUUUGGAGUAGUUCUUCUCGAGCUUCUGAUAGGGAGGAGGCCGGUUGAAAAGAUGGCGCCAUCUCAGUGCCAAUCUAUUGUUACAUGGGCCAUGCCUCAGCUAAUCGACCGAUCGAAACUUCCUAACAUAGUGGAUCCCGUAAUUAGGAACACGAUGGAUCUGAAACACUUAUACCAAGUCGCGGCUGUAGCGGUUUUGUGUGUCCAACCUGAACCGAGUUAUAGGCCGUUAAUAACCGAUGUUCUGCACUCUCUUAUUCCUCUGGUUCCUUUAGAGCUCGGGGGUACACUCAGAAUCGUGGAUCCUUCGACAAACCGAAAGGCUUCUUCGCACUGAAUAUACGAAUUGGUUCGAUCAAUCGACCGUGUUUGGAUUCAUCUUAUGACUAUCUCUGCCCCAUUUGUUUGCCACUAUGUAUUUCCCUGAUCAAGUAUGAAAAAGUAUAAUCUUUUCUGAAUUAGUAUAGGUGGUAAUAUUCAAAGGGCUUAUUUCUUCAUUGAUGUUGUAAAAAGAAAAAUGAAUUUAACUGCAUUUUUUCUAUUAGAAUGGAAAUCAUUUGUAUAGUCUCGAAAAAGUAACAUGUCCUAAAUUAGUCUUUGUGGGGGAACUAGACUUCUGACUGUUUGAUUGAAGUAUUUUCAACACCUUA